UUCUGUUCAUACCCCAGCUGAUUUCGUUUAUUAACCUUGAUUUUUUUCUAAGCAAAAGUGCUUCAUGCGUGUUUUUUCUUCAUUAUAACAAAAAGUGCGUGCCAGUCUAGGAUAAAGGAAGAUGUCGUUGCCGUUCGUUCCUAAAUUAUCGCAAAUAUCAUCCGGCAAGGCGGUCUCUAAGCAGCUAAAAAAGAAAGCAACCGAAUUCCUGGCAUGUACGCGUGCAACCACAACUUUGGGGGAGAUUUUAGAGUACUAUAAGGAAUGUCUUGCGCGCAAGGCACCCAUAACGCCAUGCCUGCUGACGCUGGAAUACUUAUUUACGCAACUGUUCCAAAGAGCAGAUAUUCGUCCGGAAGAUAUAGAUGCACAGCCUACGUACGUGCCUUCAGCAAAAGAUCCACAAGCAAACCACAGACAAUGGCUGCUGGCGCAGUAUCAAGAAACGUGCGGCCUAGUUAUUGAUGGUAUGCAUCAUGAGAAGGAGAGUGAAGCGUGCCAAGCGCUUGCGACAGCGAUGAAGCUACUUGCUGCCCAAUGUCUCCAACAACCGGAAGCCGAUCGAUUCCCGGUGGCAGGAUUGAAACAAAUUCUUACUGCAAUGCUUUCCUCGGAGUGCCUCAAUAAGCAUCUGUUUAGCCGUUUCCUGGAAUACUCAUCGUAUUUAGAUGUGAUUUUCUACUGCUGGAAAACGGUACCAUCGUUGGUGCCUCGAAACUGCACGCCCACAGAUGCUUUCAAGCAAAACUUUCUGCUGCUGCUCGAUGCGAUCAUGUUCGGGAAGGAUAAGAUGAAGGAAAGGGACAGCGAGCUUUGUGUGAAAUUAGGCGACAGCUUCGAUUACGCCUAUGUUAGGAAGCAAAUCAAUCGCACGUGGGGCUUCGUAAUGAACUGGGAGCAUAGUGAAAUGGUUCACGAGCAACUGCUGAUACUGCUGCUCGAAAAGGUGUUCGUCCACCUUGAUAAACCGGUACUGUUGACCGACUUUUUGAUGGACUCACUCGAUGUUGGUGGCACAGUCAGUGUACUCGCUCUGCAAGGCGUGUUUGUGUUAAUCCAGCAGCACAAUCUCACCUACCCGAAUAUCUACGAAAAACUGUAUUCCAUGUUUGAGCCUGAGAUUUUUCACACCAAAUUUAAAGCCCGUUUGUUCUAUCUGGCCGACAUAUUUCUUAGCUCUAGUCAUCUGCCGGAAGGAUUGGUGGCUGCAUUCGUGAAACGAUUAGCACGUCUCGCGCUGAUUGCUCCACCGCAGGACAUUGUGAUCAUAUUACGCUUCGUCGGUAAUUUAAUUCUGCGCCAUCCGGCCCUAAAGCGACUCAUCUUUCAUCCAACCGGUGGUGAAGCAUCCAGCGAUCCGUAUGUUAUGGAGGAACGGGAUCCGAUGAAAUCUAAGGCGCUAGAAAGCUCGCUGUGGGAACUUGCGGCCCUGCAAAACCAUGUACUGCCAUCGGUCGCAUCAGCGGCACGGUUCAUCUCGAAUCCACUUCCAAGCGUCGAAUGGGACCUUUCGGAGGUAUUGGAGAUCAAUGAAAACGAUAUAUUUCACAAAGAAAUAGUGUCAAAAACGAAAGAGUUUUUCGUGAACAUCGAUCGUCCCACUGGUAUGUUUGGAUAUUGCGGAGGACAGAUGGCAUCUCAGUACUGGAAGCUAUUCUAAGCCUUCAUUUCUCCACUACACACUGUUGCUCUGGACUAGUGCAUAGAAACUUUUGCAUUACCCAGGAAGAAAGGACGAGCUUAUAGCCGUUGCACGUUGAUGUAACCGGUUUAGUCCGGUUUAGUCAUGUAGCUAGUUGAUCGUAAAGGAAGUUUGCAGCCUAAGGCACAGCUGGCAAUAAUACUAUCCGCGUGAUGGGGUGUAACUAUUAUUCCCGUGCAACCCAUUACAUUCGAUGAACUCAAGAGAGAUGGUAACCUAUUUAUUUGAUUUUUAACAACACGGUAUCUGCGAAUAGGUUAGCUUACGAUAAUGCAAAUAGCGCCAGCAUUCGUGAAGAACAGAUAUAACAACUUUCGCGAAAAAUGAACCAACAGUAGAAUAUUCAAAUGAUGCAGAUGAAUGCAUCCUUCAUGGUAUCGUUUGUCAAUGUUAGGGUUAUUUUCUAAACUCGACGCUAGGCCGUUUCUCAUAAGGGAAUUUAUGCUUUUUGUCUACAAAAGAUGCUAAGCUAACCAUACAGAGAACACAAACAUAGAAAACGUUCCUAAUAAUCACGUAAACAGCGUCAACUCUACAAAAGUGGUUUCUUUUAUAACACAACCUGAUUACAUAAAGCAUUUUAUAUGUUAAUUUAAGGCAAUGAUUUGUUAUAUUUUCAAUACGAUCGCGUCUAACGCAGAUCACCGAAUAGGCUACUAAUUUUUCCUUAUAACUUACUUAGCACCUAUGUUCACAAGCAGUUGGUAGAUAAGGCUGAAGAGGGAAGGUAUUGAAAGAAGGAUCGAUCGAUAAGGGCAGAAGGAAACGGAUGGAACUUACAUCUUUCUUUGAGUGAUUGUAAUUGGAAAGCGGUGCAAAGGUAAAAUGAAGGAUAAGUUUUGCGUGAUAGAAACCAGGAUGUAAAAGUUUGGAUAUGUGACAAAAUAAUUCAACAUCCAGUAUAGUUUGAAUGCAAAUUCUACGCAAGUCUCUAUCAGGAAUGCAAAUAGGUGUAUUCUCCAGUUCGCUCUAGAUGAGAUAAUAUUUGCAGGCUUGCAAAAAAGGAUCAAGAAAGGACAUUGAAACAAUAAAGUAUAAAUACAUUCGAUAUGAUAA